UUCGGGUUCACCUCCAUGAACAAGAUACUAUGCAGGUUGGGGUGAAAUGCAUAGAUGGGCACCAGAAUCGGAUUUGCAGAAUGAUGUUCGGGUUGAGGAAGGGGCGAACGAUAAUGAUCAAUCGGUGGACGAUGUGGGCAGAGAGGACGAAUGUGGCACCCCCAUGGCGGAGAAGAUGCCCAACGAGGGUGAGGCUCUGCGAGGUCAACCAACAGAGGGUCGGGGGAGAGGACGUGGUCAGAAUCAGCCGCAAGCGAAAGAGAAGAGGCUAAGUGUGCCAUGGAUAUUAGAUGAGAGGGUGAAGCUAGUUAUGCUGAUGGGGGAGGAUAAUGCGCUCAUGGUGGACGCCAACGGGCCUCAUCGUUUCAAGUCGAAGAAGGAUCAAAUGGCGUUCGUACAUGACCACAUGAGUGAUGUCGGGUUCAAGACGAGGAGCGUCGAGGAUUGUCGAAAAAAAUGGCGUAACAUUCUUUUAGUGGCGAAGAUCAUCUUGGAGGCGUGCAACACGUCUCGGGCACCAUCGUAUUCAAUUUGGGAUAUGUCGAUGGAGGAGAGGAAGGAGAACAAUCUUCCACUUGCUUUUGACCGGCCCUUGUGGGAUGCCAUGCAGUGGCAAAUGAACAGGCCAUCCAUGUUGUGUGACGUCACCUUGGCUUUUAAGAAUUUGGGCGGGAAAACCGCAGAAGGAUCAGCACUAAGAACACCGACAAUGUCGACAAGACGAGAGUUUAUUGCGACGGUCAAGAUAAGGUUGUGGCGAUGCUGGCGAGGGUGACUACGGAGGUGGGCGAUGCCAUUGCUGCGAAGAUCGGUAAUGCUAUAGACGCCA